CUCAAAAGGAAAUGACCGGAUAUCCAGAAAGCAAAGAGCGAAUAUCCUCACAAUUAAUAGGAAGAACGACGACAAGAUAUAUGUCAACAUGGCGCCUAUAGAGGCUGACCUGGCAGGCGAUGAUAAAGACCAACAGGCGGAGCCACAGGGAGCCACAAAAGACGAGAUUGAGGCUGAAGAUGAUGAAGUCAUUUAUAUCAACAAUCCUCUGCGUGCACCUGUCAUUAAUGACACAAAAAUGAAAGUUACGGAUCUACAUGAAAUCAUUGCAAGGAAAAAUAAAGACGAGGCGUUUAAUACUGAAUAUCAGAACUUACCACAUGGAUUGGUCCAUCCACACGAAACCUCCAAGGCACCUGAAAAUAUAUUUCGAAACCGAUUUAAAACAACGUUUGCAUAUGACCAUUCGAGAGUUAUCCUUCGAAAGGAAAAGGAAGGCUUCAGCGACUACAUUAAUGCCAAUGAAAUUGAGGAUACAAAGGGUAUAAAAGCAUACAUUGCUACUCAAGGCCCAAAAGUGACAACGUUAGAUGACUUUUGGCGGAUGGUAUGGCAGAAGCAGAGCGGAAAGAUUAUUAUGCUUGCAAAUUUAGUGGAACUUGGAAAGAAAAAGUGCAGUAAAUACUGGGACGGGGAGGAGGGCAAUUCCCUGCAGCUCGGACUAUAUCACGUGACACUACAAGAGGAAUUGUCGUACGCCUUCUAUACCAUUAGAAAACUAUCAGUGAGGAAUAAACAGACUAACGCCAAAAGGCAGAUAAUGCAGUACCACUUCACCAAAUGGCCAGAUCACGGUGUACCGGAAGCGUUCGAACUCCUUCAGUUUCACAAACGGGUACAAUCUACACCAACAGAUCUGAACGGUCCACUUAUUGUACACUGCAGUGCCGGUAUUGGAAGAACCGGAACAUACAUUGGUCUAGACGCCUUGUUGAAAGAGGGAAAUGAGAACGAUGAAAUCGAUGUGUUUGCUUACACUAAAAGGAUGCGGAAGGAUCGAAUGAACAUGAUACAAACAAUAGACCAGUACGUAGUACUCCACGAUGUCCUCGCCGAGGGCCUCGGAAUUGUGACCCAGUGUAUGACAGAACCUGAUUUCAGCAAAAAUAUUUCUGACAUGCUUACUGGGGGCAUUGUCGAAAAACAGUUCAAUGCAAGUAUCAAUUUGAAUAAAACCUCCAUGCAACAUCACAAGAUGGCUGUGGAGAGAUACCGGGUGUACCUAACAUCUACAACAUCCGAUUAUAUCAACGCAAUAAAUGCACCGAGUUAUCGGGAUCAGUAUGGAUAUAUCAUUACACAGCAUCCUCUACACAACACGGUCGAAGACUUCUGGUCCAUGGUCUCGCAGCAGGCAGUUGAUGUCAUUGUAUCGAUUGGUACACCUCAGGGUGACGCGAGAUGGCCCACACAAGAAGGACACGUUGACACGUUUGGCGACUACACCGUUAUGUAUGACGAAACUCAGCCCCAAACAUUGAAGUCAGAUGUUGUGAUCAAACGGAAGCUUUCAAUUCAGAACAAGAACUGUUGUAACCAUUCUUGGAACGAGUCACUUCCCUCGACAAAAUCGAUGUUGGAAUUGAUUCAACAAGUGUUAACCUCAAAAGGCAGUGUAACAUCACCAGUCGUCAUAACCUGCUCUAAUGGGUCAUCUGAGAGCGGACUUUUGUGUGUCUUAUGUAACGUGAUGGAACGCCUGGAGGUUGAUGGUGAAGUAGACAUCAUGGCGGCAGCAAGACAGCUUCAAAUCCGAAGACCGCAGUGUCUGCAAAAUAUGGCGCAGUAUGAGUUCUGCUACAAGGUGAUGAAAGACCAUUUGGAUAACGGAAGUGUGUAUGCCAACAUUUGACGUUUGAGAAAUAUGUUUGGUGAAAAACAUUGACAACUAGAAGUCAGCCUCAGAAUGGAGAGUAUUUUCGUGAUGUAAAAUUAUGAUCCUUUCAAGACUAGAAGUAGAUUUAUAUACAUUGUAGCUGUAAAUAAUUAUGUGCGAUUCAUACUACUGUACAUAGGUAUAGUUGAAAUUGAUGCCGACGUCGAAAACAAGUGAUUAAUACAUGUCGUAAAGUUACUGUUAGUAAUCAUUUUGUAAUACAGUUAAACCUCGAUAUAAUGCCCUUCGUUUCAUUUACUUCAUCGUUUACCGCCAACAUAUUUCAAUGUUCAAUUGUUUUCUUCAGAAUUUCAAUUUAAUACUAAACCCCCUUAUAACGCCAAAAUUUCUCUGGACAAUUGGUGGCAUUAUA